AUGGACGACCAACCCUCCAGGAUAAGCAAUCUAAACCGUGCGUCAUGGAGGUCACAAUGUCGUAAUCGUCUUGCGCAGCACAUCUGGGAGAAGCUCGGACUGCGGCUGAAGCCCUCAGAGGUACGAUUAAAGUCGACUGAAGAGUUGCAAUACGCAUGGGAGAUAGAUGAUCCGGAGCUUGAACCCCUGUUCGAUAAGCAUUUAAGCAAACAUUCCGCCGGGGUAUACAUGCAAUUAUGCCGCGAGGUCGGUCAAUCCUUCCAUGCAGUCCGAUGCAAUAAUAUUGAUCAGCGCCCGCCGCCAGCUCCCCUAUCUGUCCAAUAUGAACAAGUCAUGGCUGAAAAGUUUCAGCUUAUUCAGAAAUUAGAGCAGGUAGAGAAGGACAAAGCAGCACUAGAAUUAGCGAAGGCCGAGGCCGAGGAUGAAAUCCAGGUUCAGAAGUCUAUUAUUCGAGAAGCACAGAUGACCAUACAUCUACAUCAACAAGAUAUCCAGCACUGGAUGACGGUGGCUGAAUACUAUCAAUCAAGCUGCAUGCAAUGCUCUGAGGCACUAGGGCAAUUGAUUGCUUUUGCGCAGGGCAUUAGCACUGAACUUCCAUCUCAACUCACACAAUAG